CACACCCUGGCCCAGCAACUACACACUGGCGACGCCAAAACCCGCGAUAUAGCGUAUUUUAAUAAGGAACAUACGGACACGGCCUUUGUUGAUGGUGUCACGUUAUAGGCUAUAGCUGUAAUUGCAGCCUUGGAGCCACUGCAAACACCACACUGCAUCGCAUUGCUUCUGCAAGGGUCCUCGAGACUUCCAAUUGGGGGCCCUGCAGUUGACCUCCUGCUGUUUUGGUCAAGUGAAUCCCUCAAAAGGAGUCUUGUAGAGUGCAAGAGUCCUUCUUGCUAUUGCUUGGAGGGCCCACUGCAUAGAAAAGUGGUUGCAUUGCUUGUUAGAGAUUCGAGUUGUCCAGAAAGAGCGGCGGGCAAGUGGAACUUGCGAUAUCUCAAAGAGGACCAUGAGUUCCGCAGCGGAUACUGACAAAGAGGUAUCCGAGACCUCAAAAGAAUCUGCUCGCAAGGAUGCCACCACACUAGCUGAUCCAGCCCCGAUCAAAAGCAGAAGCCAUUUCGUCAGCUCUGCUGUAAAAUUCAAGACGUACGAUGGGGAGAGGUAUGUGGACGUUUCAGGCUUCACAGGCCAAUGGUUGCAAAGAGUAUCUCAAGGCCAGCACGAUUUUGAAGUAUGGCCAGGAUCAUACUUCAAACUUGCAAAUGAGGAUGGAGAAAGCGGAACGGGGCGAAUUGAAGUAGUUGAAGUACUUGAGUGCCUUGUUCGAUUUUCUGACAACGGAUGCGCCGUAAGAGGAAAGAAGUUUCUGUCUGUUGCGGCCAUUGCUGAAAUGCAUCCUCGGCUUCAAACGACCUUGCACCCAGCGGCUACGCUUGUGGACACUGAGGGGUUAUGCAUCAUUUUGUUAGAAUCCGUACAAGGGAGGGCCGAGGUCUUUUACGAUCAAGCCUCGUACGCUGUGUGGCAAAGGAGGUGGUAUCGACCAACCCGCCACUUGUGCCUGCAAAGUCUUCGUAUCGUAGACGAAACAGCUUCCCUUGAACCCGUAGAGAUGACUCGAAAACGGGCUGCCGACUCUCAAAUGUUUGGGGGCGACAUCGGGGCGCUUCCGAGCUACAAAGGCUACCUAGACGUUCAGGCCUUGGAGGAGUUCUAUGCAAUGGCAGUCUCCAAAGCCGUCUUCAAACGAAUGACCGACGUGCCGGGGUAUAGAACAUAUGGAGCGUCUUGCUCCCUUUCGAUGCCCGUCCCAAUCUUUGGCAGACUGAUCGAGAUUCUUGGGAAAGUGGAGAAGGGAGCAAACUACAUAAACGUCCGGGUAAACGACUUUGGACUGUUGAGAUACGCACUCUUCCGCAAUUGGCCCUGGCUAGCUGACAACUUCAAGGAGAAUGGGCGCUUGGGGCUUACCUUUCCGUACAAGGACUUCGAGUUGGGUGGGUCAGUCAACCGAGCCCAGCCACUCAAGACUAGAGGGAGGAUAACGUCGCCUUUUGACUUUCGCUUUCUUUGUAAAGCACCCUUACCCCAGCUCAUUAUUGCGUUUUCUUACGACGUUGAGCAACCAACCAUACUCAACGGGAAAUGGUGCCACUAUCCUCGUUGUGGCCGCUUUAAGGGUGGCAGUGCGAUCGAAGCUGAGAUUAUCGAUGACGAACCGCAACAGGGUCAAAGUAGUGUGGAUUAGCGUGCCAUGUAAUCCAGAACGAUAGCCCAAAACAUUGAAUGAGAGCGCUCGUUCAAUGUCGCACCCUUUCCAGCCAAUCACGGUAUUUGAAGCGAGGUCCACGUAUCAACGUUGCAUGAGUCAGCUCAACGAUCAAACCAUCCGCUGCAUUAGUAAGAAAGAAAAAAGCACAUUGCAGAUGUUAAAUCAGCUAGGAGCGCCGGGCGCGCAAUCAGUACGCCUUCCAG